UUUGGAUCAUGACAGAAGAUCAUCACUCCACUUGAGAAAAUUUCGUUCCGAUUUAGCAAAGAAGCAGUGAUGUUGGGAACCGAUGUGGAGAAGAUGGUUGCAGUAGGCCUUGUAUGGGGGGCGACGAACGCCCUCAUGCGCCGAGGCGCAGUCAUAUGGGACGAAGCGCUGAAAUCCACUCCUCAAACGGAGGCUUCCCUGCUCAGAAAGUGGUUGAAGCUUCUCCUGAUAUGGCAGUACACUUUGCCCUUCGUCAUCAAUCUCUCAGCGUCAGCCACUUUCUUUGCGAUCCUGGGUGGAACUCCUAUUUCCCUUGCUGUGCCGGUGACCAAUGCCACGACGUUUGCUGCCACGGCUGUUUUUGGGAUCCUUUUUGGAGAGGAAACUCGUUUCGGCCUGGCGUUGUUUGGUACCGCUCUUAUCAUUCUUGGCGUCUACAUUUGUGUAAUUUGAUUGUGCUCUGAGUGAUAGCGUGCAUUGUAAAUCACGAAUUGGCUUUUAAUCUGUAUUUGAAUUUAUGAGCUAAAGGUGUUUGUUGAAAUGCCUCUUCGAGUUGCCUCGUGUUGUUCUUAGCUGCCUUCAGUUAGUUGCUGUAAUCCAACGAAUUUUUUGAAUAAGUUUGGUUUCUCAAGUUGUUUUUGCAAGUAAUAUGCUGAAAUUUUUUAUUCCUGAUAUAGUGUAAAUUAGAAAAAUUGCAAUCUAAUUUCGACUUGGCUAUAUUUUAUUCAAGCUUAGGAGAUGGCUGAAAAUCAUCCUGAUUAACAAUGUGCAUCAGAAAGAUUAUUUUUGGACCAACAAGUUUAAAUGGAAAAGAUAUUUAAUAAUCACUAGAACUUGAUGUGCAAAUUUGUGCAUUUGUUGGAGGGAUAAUCUAACAGAGAAGCAAGAAAAGAGAGGCAUCAAUACUCGAAUAAAAUGUAGGAGCUUUCCGUAGUAUCGAUUAAAAUUAUUGUGACAUGAAAAAUAUGUGGAAGCUGUCGUUGUCGACAAUACUUGAAUAACCUCAACAAGAAAGUGUUUUAAUACUAAAUUAACUGAGGAAGGAUGGAUUGAAUACAAUGCUUGUUCUAUGUAGAAUUCUACUGUAUCAUCAGUUAGAUUUUGUUUUUUCCAUUGGAGCCUUUGAAUGCACAUUAGGAUUGGGACAGAAAUUAAGAACUUAUUAAGGAAUGGCUUCGCCUCCA